UUGAAAAUCGAAAGUCAACCGACUCUUCUGGUCUACACGAGAUUUUUCAAAAACUGGAUAUUAUCAAAUUAUUACACUUAUCAGCGUCAUCAUCUAGUUCCGCUCUUGAACCCACCAAACAUUCGUCGCCUACAGUCAUGUCUGUCGAAGGAUUUUCAACAAAGGUUGAAUACACUGAGAUUCUGAAAAAGUUAAAAGUGGAAUUUUUCACAAAAUAUGACUCAGCGAAACCAUCACCAAAAAUAGACUUCCAAGAGUUCGAGCCAGUUAUUAUUGUAGGUAGUGGUUCGUUCGGUACCGUGAAAUUAUGUAAGCAGAAGAAAACGAACAAGUAUUACGCGGUUAAGGUUCUUUUUAAGAGCAAUAUUGUUAAAAACAAGCAAGUUGAGCAUGUUGUAUCGGAAAAGAAGAUUCUGGGAGCACUGAAUUUCCCAUUUGUCAUCCAUAUGGAGCUCUCCUUUAAGGAUAACGAUUGUUUGUAUUUAGUGAUGCCGUUCAUCAGCGGUGGAGAACUAUUUACAUAUCUUCGAAAGAUGAAACGGUUCGAUGAAGUCCAAGCUAAAUUUUAUGGUGCUCAAGUAUUUUUAGCCUUUGAGUACCUUCACUAUCUAAACUUAAUUUAUAGAGAUUUAAAGCCUGAAAAUAUUUUACUCGAUCAAUUGGGUUAUAUUAAAUUAACUGAUUUUGGCUUUUGUAAGCACAUUGAAAGUCGGACUUGGACAUUAUGUGGGACACCUGAAUACAUCGCUCCGGAACUCAUAAAGACCAAAGGUUACGGACAGAGUGUAGAUUGGUGGGCAUUCGGUGUACUUAUCUAUGAACUAGUGGCCGGUGUAUCGCCCUUUUACACUGCCAACACCGAUCCAAUGGCACUAUUCCGCAAAAUAGUUGAUUGCAACUAUAAAAUACCAACAUUUUUCAGCCACGAUUUACGACAUUUGGUCUACAAUCUCCUUCAAGUUGAUACUUCUCGACGUUAUGGUAAUUUACGAAACGGUGCUCAAGAUAUUAAGACACAUAGUUGGUUCAAGAACACAAAUUGGAUUGGCCUUCUUAACUAUGAGAUCGAGGCUCCAUAUGUGCCCAAGACGAAAGGUAGUCAUGAUACAACCAAUUUCGAUAAAUAUCCAGAGCAAAAGUUCGUUCCAUCCAAAACGAAUCAAUAUGAGAAGGAAUUUGAGAAUUUUUAAUUUUUAUAUAAUUUUAAAAGUUCAUUUUAUAGUUUGGAAUAGACAAUAUAUGGUAUUUAUGACAA